AUGGUGUUAUGUGAAUGUCGUGAAGUGGUAGACCCCACCAAGAUUCCCCCAGAGAUAACGCCGAUAAGUGGUGGAAGUGGAUGGAAAGCAGUGUAUUAUACUGAGCCCCAGCUGGAUGAGUUUGAAGAAAAGCUACGGGCAUUUCUACAGAAGGAAGGGAAAACCUUAGAAGAUAUCCAGGGUUUGUGCACUGCUAGAGAAGAGAACAGUAACCCUGAAGCAAUCAUCUGUGCAGUUGGUGAUAUAAUGGUCAGAACGAACAAACCGCCCGACAACCACUCUUACAGACGUCUAAGGACAUUUUCUGGUAUCAGUCCCACCCCUACUGGAGAGGAGUCCCUAGACAGCUGGCUGGAGCAAGCCUCACUUCUAGUAGAUGGAGGUGAAUGCUCUAAUAAAGAGAAACGAAGGCAAAUACUGGAAAGUCUCAAAGGGCCCGCCUUAGAGAUCAUUCAAGCAGUGCGUAUGACUCAACCUGAUGCUAGUCCCCAUGACUACAUAGAGGCCAUAGAUAGCAUUUUUGGUACAGCAGAGUCAGGAGAAGAACUCUAUUUGUCAUUCAGAGCUCUCCACCAACAGCCUGGUGAGUGCAUGUCUGAUUUCCUGCGAAGAUUGGAGAGGUCUCUUGUCAAAGUUGUGCAGAGAGGUGGGUUAUCUGUUAGUGAUGCUAACAAAGCCCGAGUAGAGCAGCUCAUCAAAGGAUCCACCUCAGACCUCAUGUUGCUUCAAUUGAAAAUUAGGGAGCAGAGAGAUAGCCCCCCCUAUAUUCUUGAAUCUGCUGCGAGAAGUGAUUGA